AUGGUAGAUGCUUCUCUGACAGACCCCACACCCAAAGUCUUAACCCUACAAGGUCCAGUCCCAAAGUCUCAGAGAGACUCAGAACCUAAAGAAACGAAACCAUCCCUUUACCCAGUUCUGCAGGACACCAGCUCAGAGGAGUUGAUCUUUCCACCACCCUAUCAGCCCCUCCCAAUCACCCCACUGGCAGAGCCAGUGGAACAAGGUGGAGGGGAACCAGUUCUGGAAGAACCAGUUCCUGUUCCUGUCCCUGAAGGAGGAGCACCUGUGCACGGACCUGUGGCAGGGAUGCGGUGUCAGGUCCAUUGGGUGGCCCUCAGUCAAGGGCCUGCUGACUCAACUGUCCUCCCCCUGCAUGCUGCAGAGCCCCCUAAUGAAACAGGAGAACGGCCAAUGCACUAUUGGCCAUUCUCCACUAGCGACCUCUAUAACUGGAGAACUCAGAAUGCUAAGUUCUCAGAAAACCCCAAAGAUCUUAUUAACCUCUUAGAUACUGUUCUUUUUACCAAUCAGCCCACUUGGGAUGAUUGCCAACAGAUCUUACAGGUCCUUUUUACCACUGAGGAGAAGAGAGAAAGGAUCCAGGUGGAAGCCAGGAAGUCAGUUCUGGGAGACAACAGACAGCCCACCCAGAACCCAGAGCUCAUAAAUGCUUCUUUUCCCCUCUCUCGUCCAAACUGGGAUUUCAAUUUAGCAGAAGAAUUUCUUGUGGACACCGGAGCUCAGCACUCUGUUCUAUUAAAACCCCAGGGAAAAUUGGCUGAUAAAACCUCAUGGGUACAGGGAGCUACUGGGAUGAAACAACAUUCAUGGACUACCCGAAGAACAGUGGAUCUCGUCAGGGGCCAGGUAUCCCACUCGUUCAUGGUCAUCCAAGAAUGCCCCUACCCCUUAUUAGGCCGAGACUUUCUCACCAAGGUGGGGGCACAGAUCAACUUCCACCAAGAAGGGACAAAAAUUCUAGACAAAGAAGGACAGCCAAUACAGGUGCUCACUAUAAGCCUCAAAGAUGAGUACCGCCUGCACCAGGGACCCUUAUCACCAAUGCAUGACUCAGAAUAUUGGUUACAGACAUUUCCCCAAGCUUGGGCCGAGACAGGGGGAGUGGGAUUAGCUCAACAUAGGCCAGAAAUAUUUAUAGAACUGAAAUUGGGCGCGGAUCCAGUCAGGGUCUGACAAUACCUGAUGCUACUUGAGGCAAAAGCUGGAAUCACCCCACACAUUAGAAGAUUACUCGAGUUGGGCAUACUGAGACCUUGCCAGUCAGCAUGGAAUAUCCCCCUAUUACAAGUCUGAAAACCAAAUUCAACUGACUGUCGACCAGUCCAAGACUUGUGUGAGGUAAACAAGCGGGUGAUGGAUGUACACCCAACGGUCCCAAAUCCGUACAUCCUCCUCAGCUCAUUGCCUCCUACCCAAACCUGGUAUACGGUCCUAUAUUUAAAAGAUACCUUUUUCAGCUUGCCCCUAGCACCUAAGAGCCAAGACAUCUUUGCCUUCGAGUGGACAGAUCCUGAAAAAGGGAUUAGCGGCCAGCUCACCUGGACCAGGCUACCCCAAGGGUUCAAGAACUCACCCACCAUCUUCGAUGAGGCCCUACAUGAAGAUCUAAGUGAGUUCUGAUCUAAACAUCCAGAAUUAACUCUUUUACAGUAUGUAGAUGAUAUCCUGGUAGCCACUGAAGACCAGGAGAUAUGCCUGCAAGGCACCAAGGACCUGCUUUCUACACUAGGAGCCUUGGGUUACUGA